CCAGUUGAUAUCUAAGAAUCAACAGAAGAAAGCAGCGGGCUCCUUCAUGUCCGCCUCCACGGUGAACUCAAACUGCAGUCAUGCUGUUCAGCACUCUGCUCGUAGUGUUGAGCUCUCAGUGCGUCUGGGCCAGAAAGUCUGAACCUUUCCUCGAGGCGGACGCAGGUUUGUUCAGGGGAUCAGACAAAUAUGAUUUUGCCAUCGAGGUUCCUGCUGUAGGGAUGGAGUGUUUCUGGCACUUUGCCCACCAGAGUGGAAGCUUCUACCUGACGUACAUGGUACAGUGGGUAACAGGGAUGGCCAAUAAUCAUCGGCUGUUUGUGACAGUCAACUCACCACAGGGCGUUCUCAUGGCUUCGAAGAACGAGGCUGUCGGUCAAUUGAACUUCCAGACUGAGGUGACAGGUUUUUACCGGAUGUGUCUUGGGAACCACAACAACCAGUUCGGAGGCAUCAGGGUCUUUCUGAACUUUGGCGUCAUCUACGAAGGCUUUGAGGAGUCAGAGAGAGAGAUUGAGGAGGGAGAGAAAGUCCUCAACAGCACUUUGGCCAGUAUUGAGGAGAGUGUACAGAAGCUCCAGAAUCAGAUCUUCCACAUGUGGCGUCAUUACAACUUUGCCCGCAUGAGGAAAGGGAAAGAUCACUACCUCCUCCUGUCCAACCUCAACUACGUCACCUGGUGGUCGGCGACCCAAAGCUUCGUCAUCUUCCUGUCUGGAUAUCUGCAGCUCCUCGUCCUCAAAAGACUCUUCCACACAGACUCCAGCAGGCCGCGAUGCUGAGAGCAGAACAAUCAACACAUCUAAAGCGUUGCUUUAACCCCCAUCAUGAUCUCUACUUUGUCAUAUCAGAUUUUUAUUGAUACAUUUUUGGAAAAGAUAAAGAUCCUGCACAAUAUCUGAAGCUAGCAACUAAAAUACUUAAUUGAUAAAGAGACAUUUGGUUAAUAAACAUUCUUUCUUGUGUCUAUAAACCAACAGUUAAUCUUCUCCUUAAUAAUUAGUGAAAGGUGGUACCAAUUGGGUAUUUAGAAACAUAAAUAACAAAUCAAUGUCUUUAAAAAAAUAUCCAAAACACUGGUUGAGCUGGGUGUUCUUUAAAUCGUGCUUUAAGCUGUUCUUCAAACUUAUUGUUUCCAGUUAUCUGUCAGAUAUGUCGAAGCUGAUUAAAUAAUGUCUUAUGAUGCCACUCAUAAAAUAAACUUCUCUACUCCACA